AUGCCAGAACCUGAAGUUUGGCACCAGGAGCCUGGGAACGUGUGCAUAAUUGCUGCUUACAUGGUGCCAAAUGCCACCAAUCUCAAUUGUGGUUUUGAAAUACCACACCAAACAACUGGAGACAUCAAAGAUAAUUGGGACAGCAUGACAUCUCUUACAGAUCAAAAUGACAAAUGGGCUUCUUAUGCUGGACUUGGAGGAUGGAAUGAUCCUGACAUGCUUGAAGUUGGAAAUGGAGGCAUGACAGAAGAAUACUGUGCUCAUUUUAGCAUAUGGGCAUUAGCUAAGGCUCCUCUAUUGAUUGGUUGUGAUACGCGAGCCCUUGAUAAGACCACAAAGGAACUCCUAAGCAAUUUAGAAGCUAUUGCUGUAAAUAAAGAUAAACUAGGAGUUCAAGAAAAGAAGGUGAAAAGUAAUAAUGGUUUGGAGGGAACACAAACCGCUAGAGACUGUCGCAGUUUCUGUUUGUUGAUACUUGACCAUAAACUGCUACUGCCAAUAGCGAUUUAUAUGUAUUGGGAUACGUGCUUAGACCGCUAG